GUGGCCGGGCGCGCGCGGGCGGGGCGGCGACGUUCGUCAUUCUGUGCGGGAGGGAGCGCGAGAGCGGCGCGGACGGUCCUCCGAACUGUUCCGGGCUCUUCUGAGGCAGGGUCCGGAAGGAGGGUCCUGAGACUAUCGCAUGGCUGCAGCGGUUCCCAAAUUCUAGGUCGCAGACCCUCACAAUUGGGAGAUAAGGUGUCCUAGACCCAGCUAGCGGUGAGUAUGGCUGAGCAGGAGCCCACGGCUGAGCAGCUGGCGCAGAUCGCGGCCGAGAACGAGGAGGAUGAGCACUCAGUCAACUACAAGCCCCCGGCACAGAAAAGCAUCCAGGAGAUCCAGGAGCUGGACAAGGACGACGAGAGUCUGCGCAAGUACAAAGAGGCCCUGCUGGGCCGUGUGGCCGUGUCCGCUGACCCCAAUGUCCCCAAUGUUGUGGUGACCCGACUGACCCUGGUGUGUAGUACUGCCCCGGGCCCCCUGGAGCUGGACCUGACAGGUGAUCUGGAGAGCUUCAAGAAGCAGUCCUUUGUGCUGAAGGAGGGUGUGGAAUACCGGAUAAAAAUUUCCUUCCGGGUGAACCGAGAGAUUGUGUCCGGCAUGAAGUAUAUCCAGCACACAUACAGGAAAGGCGUUAAGAUUGACAAGACUGACUACAUGGUGGGGAGCUAUGGGCCCCGGGCAGAGGAGUAUGAGUUCCUGACCCCCAUGGAGGAGGCGCCCAAGGGCAUGCUGGCUCGAGGCAGCUACAACAUCAAGUCCCGCUUCACAGACGACGACAGGACUGACCACCUGUCCUGGGAGUGGAACCUCACCAUCAAGAAGGAGUGGAAGGACUGAGCCGUGGCCGGGAGGCGGGCAGGGCAGGCGGACGGAAGGACGGAUGUGCCCCCCCCCCCCCACCCCUCCCGACCCCAGACCAAAGUGCUGACAGGGCCCACCCACGCUGCCGCCACUCCCCUGGUCUGCCUCCUGGCCAGCCAGUCCCUCCUCCACCCUUCAGCCCGCUGGCCCCAGCCUCCUUGGUGGUCUAGUGUUGUUGCUGCUUCCGCCUGUGCUGUGGGGAGGGAGGCCUCCACCUCCCCUUCUGUGUCCCUUGAGGUUCCCCCACUGUCCUAACCCGAUCUGAUGCCCUGGCAAGGGAGUCGGGCAUUGCAGAGGGGCUCAGGGUGCUCAGGUGCCCUGGGCCUUCUCUGUUGCCCUGACUCCUGUCCUGUCGCCCCCUCCUGGUGGGGGUGGGGUGUACCACGUGGGGCCUCAUUGGGCCGGUCGUCCUCCAGCUUUCACUUCUCCCCGGUCAGUCCAUCCAUCGCUGUCAGUAACCGUCUAACCAUGAUGCCUUAACAUGUGGAACGUGUGCUGUUGGGGGCGUCACUAAUCUCUAACCCCGUGUCUGCAUGAGCAUGUGGUCUCCCCCGGUCCCUACCCCGUCUGUGAUCCCCAUGGCCCGGGAAGGCGUGGGGGACGUGUUGCUGCCAGUGCUCCCGGGACUGCCUGGGCCUGGCCCGUCCCCCUCCCCCCAGCCAGGGCUGCGGGGACGGCUCCGGGGGCUUGGGAAAGCCAAAUUGCCAAAACUUGAGCGGCCUCCAUUCCCACCUGGGAGGCUGGGUGUCCUCAUGCCUCUGCCUUCUCUGUCCCAGUGGGCAGUGCCUAGAGUCCAUGGCCCCAAGAGAGCCCUCGGCAGACAAAGCCGGUGGCCGAGCCUUACUUGCCCCACCUGGGCCUGCCGGCCUGGAGUCGUGUGCCUGGCCUGUCAGUAUUUAUUGUCUCCAUAUGUGCCGUCCUCUGGGCCCACUGGCCUGCCGCCUCUGCCCCCGGGCUCGGUGCCACCAUCCCCAGCAGGCCCUCCCUGGGCCCAGCCAGGACAUCCGUGGGACCAAGCUUGCACAGCUGGAGCCGUCCCCUGUGGCCCCCACCCCCACCCCGCCCUGCCCCUCCCCGGUCAGGCCUGGGCCUAGAACGCACAAGAGCCUGUCCUUGCUUCUCCUUUUCUGACCGGGAAAUAAACUGCCCCCUAAGGA